GCAAGCGUCGUCAGGCAGGCCGGGUCAAUAUCAAUUGGGCAGGUAGGUACAGGGGGAGCAAGCAGAGAAUGGUCGGGGUCACAGGCCAGGUUCAGCAGGUAGCAAGCAGCGUAGUACAAAGGAGGGUCAGGCAGAGGGACAGAAACAGGAUGCAGGACAGAUACAGGGCCCAGGACAAACACAACACCAAAGCAGAGUCUGUGGGUCUGGCCAUCCCUUAAAUACCCCAGCAUCAUCAGUUCCAGGUGUUAGCUGGCUGAAAGGUUGAGUCUCUGAUUGCUGGGAGCACCCGCUGGCCAGCCCUGGUACUGCAGAUCAAAAGGCAGGUGAGUCCCACCAAUUGCUGGCCAGUCCAUUCCUAAACAG